AUGCGCUCAUCCCUUGCGGUGCUGGCAGCCGCUGUUGUCCAGGCGGCUGUCAGUGCAGCAUCAACCCUCACACCUCCAGUUCUGCCGUUGACGGUGCGGAAUCCUUACCUUAGCACUUGGUUGGGGGAUGCUCGAGAGGUGCCUUGGUCCAAAUGGCCCAUGUUCUAUACUGGGGAAGAACUUGGGCUCUCUCUGAUGGUCCAGAUCCCUAGCACCGGCACUGUAUAUCCGCUGCUGGGCAAGCCUCAUGAGUUUGUGUCUGGAGCCCAAGUCGAGUAUCCGGUGUAUCUAGGGUCCAAGUACGAUGCUUCGAUGACCAAUCUGACCUACCGCAUUGAUUCGGCUGCCUCUUCUGCGGCUGCUCCAGUUGCCAUCACGGUUUCUUUCUUGUCCCCCAUUACCCCGACAUCGACUCUGCGACAGUCGAUUCCCGCGUCCUACAUCACCGUCUAUGUCCACGGUGAUGUGCCUGUCAAUGUCUACAUGGACCUCAAUGGGCGUUGGGUGAGCGGAGAUGCAGGGAGUCAAAUUGUCUGGCAGCAUGACACCUUCGGUUUCAAAGGAAAGACGCCAACCCUUCAGAAAUGGCAAUUUCGCAGACAGAAUGAGCUGCUUCUCUCAGAAAUCCGUGAUCGAGCCGAAUGGGGCACCCUUCACUUUGCUGGACCUGCUGAUGUCCAAUAUCACUCUGGCGAUGCUCACACUGUCCGCAGCAUUUUCGCGACAAAUGGGGCCGUCCAGAACGUGAAUGACGAGGGUUUCCGUGCCAUAGGAGAUCGAGAGCCUGUAUUCGCGUUCUCCAAGUCCUUUAAACCUGAUAGCAAGGCAAAGGACACGCACAACAGUGUAACGUUCACGAUUGCUUUGAUCCAGGAUCCAGUCGUCCAAUUUGCCUCUGCUCGCGGCCUGACCUUCAUGAGACCACUCUGGCGAUCGUGGUUCGCGGAUCCCGAAGAGCUGCUGAGCUUCCACUACAAUGACUUUACCGAUGCGGUCACCCUCGCUUCCGAUUACUCUGAUCAGCUGGCAAAGGAUGCCUACCAAUCCGGGGCGUAUGACUAUGUAGACAUUGUCGCGCUUUCUGCCAGACAGGUCAUGGGAGCAACGACAUUCUCCGGGACCCCCGACGACCCAAUCCUGUUCUUGAAAGAGAUCUCCUCCAACGGCAAUUUCCAGACCAUUGAUGUCAUCUUCCCUUCGUUCCCCUUCUUCCUGUAUACAAACCCUCGCUGGUUGGCCUACCUACUCGAGCCAUUGAUCGAGCACAUGCUCAGUGGACAGUACCCCAACACGUACGCUAUGCAUGAUCUUGGGACCCAUUUCCCCAAUGCGACUGGCCACCCAGACGGUCGUGAUGAGUACAUGCCAGUAGAGGAGUGCGGCAACAUCCUCAUAAUGGGCCUCGCAAUUGUGAACUCGCUCCGGUAUGCCAACGACUCGGCGGCUUCUUCAAUCUGGUCCACACUAGGUGUUCCUCCCAAGGUCUCGGAACCACACUCUGGAUACUUCCCUCUGGGCGAGCUGCAAGCCUUGUCCGGUAUUGAUAAACAAGACGGCAAAUGGGGCGGUGGUGCGGAAGGCGAGCGUCUCGCUGAGAAAUGGGUUCAGCGCAGCUACAGGCUCUGGACUCAGUGGACGGGCUACUUGGUGGAAUUCUCCCUGGAACCUGCCAACCAACUCUCCACGGACGAUUUCGCCGGAUGGCUUGCAUUGCAGACCAACCUGGCACUGAAAGGCAUCAUCGGCAUCAACGCCAUGAGCAAGCUGGCUGAAGUAGCCGGACACAAUACCGAUGCAGCAUACUUCAAG